AUGGUUCAAACACCCACUCAACGCAAAGCCAACCUCAAGUUCGCUGCUAUAAAUGAGAACAAGCAAGGCAAAUCAGAAGCUCAAUUGCACAAGAAGGAGUUGAAGAAACAGAAGAGUCCUAUUAGUAAGGGUUGGCUAUAUCUCCUCGCAUUCAUCCUUAUCGGUGGAUUCUUCGUCGAUGCGCUUUUCCGCCUGAUCUCCUAUUUCGGCGGUAAUUAA